GCUAAAAAGAUGGAUGGAUUACAGUGACGAGUAUUUUAGAAUUGAAGAGGUGGAGAAAGCAAAAAAUGGAGGCAUCGUCUUCACUGAGUUUGAGCAGGAAAGUGCAAAAUGGGGUUGACGUAGGUGAUGGCGUCAUCAUCGUCGACCAUGGCUCCCGCCGCAAGGAGUCCAAUCUUAUGCUAAAUGAGUUUGUGGCCAUGUUCAGAGAGAAAACCAAAUAUCCUAUCGUGGAGCCUGCUCAUAUGGAACUAGCUGAGCCAUCUAUCAAAGAUGCUUUCAAUUCAUGUGUUCAACAAGGUGCAAAACGCGUUAUAGUUAGCCCGUUUUUCUUGUUCCCGUGUAGACAUUGGCACCAGGACAUUCCGUCUCUAACAGCAGAAGCUGCAAAGGACCAUCCAGGGGUGUCGUAUGUUGUUACUGCCCCACUCGGUCUGCAUGAAAAGCUCGUGGAUGUGGUGAACGACAGAAUUAAUUAUUGCUUGAGCCACGUUGCUGGCGAAGUAGAUGAGUGCUCGGUAUGUUCUGGAACCGGAAAAUGCCAGCUCUAUAAUUAGCGCUACAAUAUUUCAGCUCAGAUAUUUGAGCAAUCCGAAAAUGAAGGUAUCUUAAUUAAGUCGAUAUUUCAACUCAACCCAAUAAAAAAUGUGUAGUUUUUUGCUUUUUGGUCUGUAUUUUUCAUGUACUCCGACAGAUCAAAUUUUCUUCUUUACGAUAUUCCUUUUCCUAGUCAAAGAGAAAAUCAUAGACAACUGUUGUUUUGUUUUCUCCAAAUUUCCCGAGGCAUCGUGAAAUUAAAUUCCAACGAAUUGUAAAACAUCCAUUUGAUUGAAACGAACGUAGUAAAAGCUUUCUACU